GUUUGACAUUUUGUUUUGACAUGUCAGUUAUUUAACUUUUUUAUUAGCGUGUUUUUGCAACUUCGCCUAAGGAAAAAUGGCUGCGUUAAAAACCGAAAUUCCGGAGGAACAAGAAAACGAGAAGGAUCAAGACGAUGUCGAAGAUGAAAUAGAAUCCGGGCGCACCGACGUAACUAAAAAAAAGAAAAAGAAAAAGAAGAAAAAAACCAAUGUGAUCCUCGAUGAGGCGAACGCUACCAGUGAUACCAAUAAAUCCGGUGGAGAUGCUUUAGAAGAAGCUCCCGCAGAGAACGGUGAAGUUGAAAAUGACGGCGAAGGCGAGAAGAAGAAGAAAAAGCGCAACCGAAAGAAAGGUGGCAAACCGAAACAAACCGAUCCUCCUUCGAUUGCCAUUGCCGAACUAUUCCCGGACGGGGUAUACCCCCUCGGAGAAAUCCAGGAAUAUCCAAUCAUCGGCAAAGAUGACCGAUCAGCCAAGGAUAGGAUCACCUCCGAAGAAAAACGAGCCCUCGAUCGCAUGCACAAUGACAUCUAUAACGAAGUGAGAUUGGCUGCGGAAGCGCAUAGACAGACGAGACAACACAUUCAAAGAUUCAUAAAACCCGGCAUGACCAUGAUCGAAAUCUGCGAAGAACUUGAGAACACGGCCAGGAAACUUAUAGCCGAAAACGGUUUGAAGGCCGGUUUGGCCUUCCCUACGGGCUGUUCGAAGAAUCACUGCGCCGCCCAUUACACUCCGAACGCCGGUGAUAAGACAGUCUUCGAAUACGACGAUGUGGUGAAAAUCGAUUUCGGUACUCACAUCAACGGGAGGAUUAUCGAUUGCGCGUUUACGCACACCUUUAAUCCCAAAUACGAUAAAUUAGUGGAGGCCGUAAGAGACGCUACUAAUACUGGAAUCAGAGCAGCAGGAAUUGACGUGAAACUCUGUGAUAUCGGUGAGCAGAUACAAGAAGUCAUGGAAUCGUACGAGGUGGAGUUAGACGGGAAAACGUACCAGGUUAAAUCCAUUCGUAAUUUGAAUGGACAUUCGAUUUCUCCUUAUAGAAUACACGCAGGGAAGACCGUGCCGAUUGUUAAAGGUGGCGAAGCCACUGUGAUGGAAGAGAAUGAGUUUUACGCUAUUGAAACGUUCGGUUCUACAGGUAGAGGCGUUGUACACGAUGAUAUGGAAUGUUCUCACUACAUGAAGAAUUUCGACGUGCCAUAUGUGCCAUUGCGUUUGCAAUCUUCAAAAGGCCUUUUAAAUGUCAUAAACAAAAACUUUGGAACCUUAGCGUUCUGCAAGAGGUGGUUGGAUAGAGCUGGUGCGACGAAGUACCAAAUGGCUUUGAAGGAUUUGUGCGAUAAAGGUAUCGUGGACGAUUACCCGCCGCUUUGCGACAUCAAAGGAUGCUACACGGCUCAAUUCGAGCACACCAUUAUGCUUCGACCGACUUGCAAGGAAGUGGUUUCCCGAGGAGACGAUUAUUAGAAUGGUUUUUUUAUUGUAAAUUUUUGAGUUUUGUUACAAACUGUACUUUUUCCAUUUCUUUUGGCCGAUUUGUUUGUAAAUUGAUACGAUUAAAGCGCAUGAAAUUAUGAAACUAGUGUACAAAUCGAAUUCCUAUUACACCCACUGCCUAUUUUGCCU